AGAAACCAUUAAUAGUGAGAGAGCAUGCAGGGAUCGUCGCUUAACUCGCAGCUUGGCGAGACCCACGGAGUGGUAGUCUACCACGCCGCAUCUCUCGCCCCUGUUACGCUGCGUGCUGUGUUCAACAAGUACGGCAAGUCCAGCAUUGUUCACACCUACGUGCUGCAGGACGGCAACUACGCCACCGUCGUCUUCUUUGCAGAGUCGAGCAGCAACGUGUCCUGCUACGUAUCCCUCAGUCUACUCGCACAGGAGUCAAGCACGCUCGGGAUUGUCAGCGUGGGCUGGAUGCACGAGAACGGUGAGGAGGCUUUUGCGAAGCAGCCGUACAUUAAGAGCAAGUACGUUGAAGGUGCGGCGUCUCCUUCGACCAGUCCGCCAGCGACGUUGAUCGAGGGGUAUUUGGCGGUUUAUUGGAAGGGUGUCGCGGAGGUGGAGCGCGCGGAUGUUGCGCGCAUGGCGCAUCGGGCCGCGAGUGAGGUCUUGGAAGACGAAAAGGAGGGUGGUCGCUCGUUUUUGCGGUUCCCUUCCGAAGACAUGGCAGACGCGUUUCACUCUUAUGUGGUGUCGAAGUACCCCUCUUUGCGGCGGUGCCUUUCCUACGCCGAUGCGACGGAUUUCGCGUUGGCGAAGAAAAGCGCGUGA